CUUUUCUGUGUGCAGAUCAUUCGCUAUUAGAAUCCGCAUUCAUUCAAGGGCUAGUAGUAGAGAAGAAGUGUGUUGUCCAGUGUGGUAUCAGUACCUUUAAUUUGCUAGGAAAAUGGCGUCAAUACUGCGUAAAUCCAGCCUUGCCCUGGUCGAUCUGGCAGCAAAAUCCUCUCCCAGGAUUCUGGGAAACGCUGGACAAAGACGUCAUCUUAAUGUACAAGAGCAUAUCUCUUACACAUUUCUGAAUGAAGCAGGUAUUCCAACACCAAAAUUCGGUGUUGCUACAUCGGCCCAGGAAGCGGAGAAAAUUGCCAAGGAUCUGAACACAAAAAAUUUGGUUCUGAAAGCGCAGGUACUGGCUGGUGGCCGUGGCAAAGGAAGCUUUAAAAAUGGUCUCAAGGGUGGCGUGCGGGUUGUUUUUUCCCCACAGGAGGCCAAAGAUAUAUCAGGGAAAAUGAUCAACCAGCUCUUGGUCACCAAACAGACGGGGGCUGCUGGUCGUAUUUGCAACUCCGUAAUGGUUGCUGAACGAAAGUUUCCUCGCCGUGAGUUUUACUUUGCUGUGAUGAUGGAACGUGCCUUUAACGGCCCUGUACUAAUUGCCUCAUCGCAAGGAGGUGUUAACAUCGAGGAGGUGGCCGCUGAAAACCCCGAUGCUAUCGUUUACGAACCAAUUGACAUCAAUACUGGAUUACAAAAAUCUCAAGCAUUGGCGAUUGCCAAUAAAGUUGGCUUGUCAGACAAUGCGGAAGAAACAGCCAAAAUGCUGCUCAAUAUGUACGAUCUUUUUGUUAAAAAAGACGCUCUGCUUAUCGAAAUCAAUCCCUACGCUGAGGACGCUGGAGAAACAUACUUCGCACUGGAUGCCAAGAUGCGCUUCGAUGACAAUGCCGAGUUUCGCCAGAAGGAACUGUUCGCCAAACGCGAUCUGUCCCAGGAGGACAAGAAAGAAGUGGAAGCAUCCAAGUUCGAUCUGAACUACAUCGCGCUGGAUGGUUCGAUCGGGUGUCUGGUGAACGGUGCCGGCUUAGCCAUGGCCACCAUGGAUAUCAUCAAGCUGCACGGUGGCGAUCCGGCCAACUUCCUGGACGUCGGUGGCGGUGCCACCGUGAAAGCCGUUAAGGAGGCAUUCAAAAUUAUUACCUCCGAUCCGAAGGUGCACGCUAUAUUGGUCAACAUUUUUGGUGGCAUUAUGCGUUGUGACGUCAUUGCCGAAGGUAUUAUUCAGGCUACCAAGGAACUGAACAUUAAAAUGCCCAUCAUUGUUCGACUUCAGGGCACCAACGUAAACGAAGCAAAGGAUUUGAUUAAAAAAUCUAAACUACGCAUCCUUCCGAAGGACGAUCUAGACGAGGCCGCUAUGUUGUCCGUUCAUUUGUCACAGAUAGUUCACUUGGCGCGUGAAGCUCAUCUGGACGUUAGCUUCGAGCUGCCUGAUAGCUACGCAGCAUAAAUCUUUCGUUCGUUCGUUCAGUCAAAUCGAUGUAGUACAACCACACUACCCAGCAGCAACUCAAUCAUCUUUUAUUCAUCUCCAGUAACACCCAAACGAACCGACAUAGGGUACAUUUGCAGCCUUUAGCCUAUCUCAAAUUUUAGGUUACAUGUGAGUCCUAAUUUAUUUAAAACUGAACUCCAACGCCUUGAGUUAGUUAAUUUAGCGAAUUGUUGUAACAGAUGUUUUAUUCCUGCUCAGAGAAUAGUAAAAGCAAAUAAGAUUACUUGAAAACUGCCGUUGCGCGGUUACGCACUUUACGAGGAGGAGCUAGCGAAACCAACUCCAAAUUUAACUCGAGUCUAUGCCUAUUAUAGAUGUAUGUGAAACUAUCAGCACCAACGUAUUAAAAAGCACCAUGGACGUGACACUUGUAGAGCUAAAACCGACAGAUUUUGUGUACGCAAGAGAGUGAAAUAAGCUGUCUCGCCCUUUACUACCGUAAUCACUCACAUUUUUAAAUGGAAUAAAUUAUUGUUGACAUUUAACUUUCGGUUUUGUGCAAUUUAGUUGUUUUUCUAUUGCGCUAAAAUUCUAGUUUUGGGAAUGACUUCUAACUGUCUUUGCACAAAACACCUUUCGAACACAUUUCGGAUGGAAGCAAAAAAUCAGCCAAAAGGCCUUAAAAACUAGUAGCUUGUAUACCUACUCUAGCGAAAAGCAAAAACGAAAUUUUGCCCAAUACACAAUGGUGCGAUUGAUUGGACUUACUAUUGGAAGCGCGCGUAUAUCUACAUGUGUUUUGAAAUUUUUUGUAUAUUUAUUUAACUAAGCCAACAUGAUGUUACGGAAAAUAAUAAAAAU